CCCUCACAAAGAUUUUCCUAUGACUUUGCCACCACGCUACUCCGUCCGUUGCAGCUUUCUACAAACAUGGCGUACUACGGUCAACAACAUCCACAACACGAUCAGAAUUUCCUAUGGAAUGUCUUCCAGAGAGUGGAUAAAGAUAGAAGUGGUGGUAUCUCUACUAACGAACUCCAACAGGCGCUGUCAAAUGGGACUUGGACGCCUUUCAACCCGGAAACUGUACGACUCAUGAUAGGAAUGUUUGAUCGUGACAACAAUGGAACUAUUAAUUUUCAAGAGUUUGCAUCUCUGUGGAAAUACAUAUCCGAUUGGCAGACCACAUUCAGAAGUUAUGACAAGGAUAACUCAGGAUCAAUAGAUAAGAGAGAGCUGCAAACAGCCUUGACUAGUUUUGGUUACAGGUUAUCAGAGAGAUUUUAUGGUAUUUUGAUCAAAAAGUUUGACCGCAGUGGCAAAGGAGUUGUCAAUUUUGAUGAUUUUAUUCAAUGUUGUGUGGUAAUACAGAUGUUGACAAGUGCCUUUCAGGGCUUUGAUACAAACCGAAGUGGAUGGAUUACCAUAAACUAUGAACAAUUCCUAUCUUUGGUGUUUAGUUUGAAAACCUAAAAGAUGCAUUCUACUUCUUCUACUACAAUGCUAUAGCCGUAUUUAAAUAUUUUUUAGUCUUGUUCUUGUUUCAUAUAAAAGGCUUGAAAUAACAAGUAGCGGUUGUUUGGUAAAAAAGAAAACUUCAAAACUUUUUUCCUUAUGAUAGUGAUUGGUUACUGCAAGUCUUGUAGAUGUGAAUGUUCUUUCUACAGUUUGGUUGCUUUUGUUAACUUUUUAGCUCCUGUGAGUGACCAAAACAGAAUUUCUCCUUACAAUUUCAAUAUAACUUCAUGCAGACAACUAAUGAGAAUAAGGAAAAAUAUAAAUCAGGGGAUUAUUAGUUGAUCCAGUACCAAAUUCUUCA